CUACAUCCAUCCAUCUCUCUCUCUCUCUGUAUGUUCUUGGAUAAACCUGCAUUCAAAGAAGAGGAAUAAUGGGUUCUAUGGUGGAAGGUGUAACCCAGGUUCUGAUCCCAGUGGCUGCAUUCAUUGGAAUCGGGUUUGCUUUGGUUCAGUGGUUUCUGGUUUCAAAGGUGAAGGUGUCGUCUGGAUUAACGGAGAGUGGAAGUCAGAACCAGCGGAAUAGGUUGAUUGAAGAAGAUGACCAGGAGGUUGGUGUUGACUCUGAUCAACUUGUGUUCAAGUGUGCUGAGAUCCAAAGUGCAAUCUCUGUUGGUGCAACGUCAUUUCUUUAUACGCAGUACAAAUACCUUGCGAUCUUUACAGCAGUAUUUGCUGCAAUCAUCUUUCUGUUUCUGGGAUCGGUCAAGAACUUUAGCACAAAGAGCGAGCCCUGCACUUACAACAAGGGCAACAUGUGCAAACCUGCAUUAGCCAACGCCUUCUUUACUACAGUCGCCUUUUUACUGGGCGCUCUAACGUCAGUUCUUUCUGGGUUUCUUGGUAUGAAGAUAGCAACAUAUGCAAAUGCUAGAACGACGUUAGAAGCAAGAAAAAGUGUUGGGAGUGCAUUCAUAACGGCUUUUCGAUCUGGGGCUGUAAUGGGAUUUCUUCUUGCUGCUAAUGGCCUCUUGGUUCUGUAUGUUUCAAUCAAUUUGUUUAGAAUGUAUUAUGGAGAUGAUUGGGAAGGGUUAUUUGAAUCCAUUACUGGUUAUGGUCUUGGUGGCUCAUCAAUGGCACUUUUUGGAAGAGUUGGGGGAGGCAUAUACACAAAAGCAGCCGAUGUUGGUGCUGAUUUAGUAGGAAAAGUUGAAAGAAACAUUCCUGAAGAUGAUCCUCGUAACCCUGCUGUUAUUGCGGAUAAUGUGGGUGAUAACGUCGGUGACAUUGCUGGGAUGGGAUCCGACUUGUUUGGAUCAUAUGCCGAAUCAUCAUGUGCUGCUUUAUUUGUGGCUUCCAUAUCAUCCUUUGGUAAUAGUCAUGAUUUCUCAGCCAUGGCUUUUCCUCUGCUUAUAAGCUCGAUGGGAAUUGUCGUUUGCUUAAUCACUACGUUUUUCGCCACCGAUUUUUUCCAAAUAAACGGUGUGGCUGAUAUUGAACCGUCUCUCAAGCGUCAACUGCUAAUUUCUACAAUAUUAAUGACUGCUGGGAUUGCUAUUGUCAGCUUCACUGCUUUACCAUCAGAAUUCACUAUCUUCAACUUUGGUGCCAAUAAGCUUGUUAAAAGCUGGCACAUCUUCUUCUGUGUUUCAAUAGGUCUGUGGGCUGGUCUGGUUAUUGGAUACAUAACCGAGUAUUACACUAGCAGCGCAUAUAGCCCAGUGAGGGAUGUGGCAGACUCCUGCAGGACGGGUGCUGCAACGAAUGUGAUAUUCGGACUGGCUCUAGGAUAUAAAUCUGUUAUCAUCCCGGUAUUUGCUAUCUCUGUGGCUAUUUAUGUGAGCUUUAGCUUGGCUGCCAUGUACGGGAUCGCAGUGGCUGCUUUGGGGAUGCUAAGUACCAUAGCUACUGGUCUAGCCAUUGAUGCUUACGGGCCCAUCAGUGACAAUGCGGGUGGUAUUGCAGAAAUGGCUGGAAUGAGUCACACAAUCCGGGAGAGAACUGACGCUCUUGAUGCUGCUGGAAACACCACAGCUGCUAUUGGCAAGGGUUUUGCAAUCGGGUCUGCUGCUCUAGUCUCUCUUGCUCUAUUUGGGGCUUUUGUGAGCAGAGCUGGGAUUGAAACGGUGGACGUGUUGACACCAAAAGUGUUCAUAGGCUUACUGAUAGGAGCAAUGCUUCCGUACUGGUUCUCUGCUAUGACAAUGAAGAGCGUCGGAAGUGCUGCUCUGAAAAUGGUUGAAGAGGUUCGGCGACAGUUCAACACCAUUCCAGGGCUCAUGGAAGGAACCACAAAACCUGAUUAUGCAACAUGUGUCAAGAUUUCAACAGAUGCUUCACUAAAAGAGAUGAUCCCUCCUGGUGCUUUAGUUAUGAUCACACCUCUAGUUGCGGGAACCUUUUUUGGAGUGGAAUCGCUUGCUGGUGUACUUGCAGGUUCACUUGUUUCAGGUGUCCAGAUUGCUAUAUCUGCUUCUAACACGGGUGGAGCUUGGGAUAAUGCGAAGAAGUAUAUCGAGAUAUAUGUUGAAAAUAUGAAUGUAUAUGCAGGUGGGUCAGAACAUGCAAGGACAUUAGGACCAAAGGGAUCAGAAGCGCAUAAGGCAGCAGUGAUAGGUGAUACAGUGGGAGACCCAUUGAAGGAUACAUCAGGACCAUCACUCAAUAUCCUCAUCAAGCUCAUGGCUGUUGAGUCCUUGGUGUUUGCUCCUUUCUUUGCUACUCAUGGUGGUCUCUUUUUCAAAUGGUUUUAGAUCACAGAUUUGUAUAUGUUUGAUUUAAUAAAAAAAA